AUGUCGAUCAGACAGAGGAGGGAGGAAGACUUGGCAAAUUACAUCCAGAGGUUCAAUGUAGAAUCUCUCAAGGUUUCUGACCUACAGGAUAGCGUGGCAUUCACCGCUCUCAUGUCUGGACUAUACCCAUCGAGUAGGUUCAAGUUGAAGCUGGCCGAGAGUGAAGCCUCUUCAUUCUCAGAAGCCAUGAACCUGGCCCAAAAAUUUAUACAGGCCUCCGAUAUCUACAAAACCCAUGAGGAGCCUAGGGAUGUCUCUCGAAAAGAGAAAGACAAGAAGCCUCGAUUGGAAAACCAUUGGAACGACCCUCGGUACAACCUGAAUCAAAGGGAAAUCUACGUAGACAUCAAAGGAAAAUACCCCUUACCAAAGCCCCACCCCAUCCGUACAUCAGUCAAUAAACGAGACAAAAAACUCUGGUGUGAAUUCCACCACGACUAUGGCCAUACCACACGUGAAUGUCGGGAGCUAAAAAGAGCCCUCGACAAAUUGGCUGAUGAAGGGAAACUGAAUCGAUAUCUGAAGGAUGCGAAGGAAAACAAAGUCGAGUCCCGCCCGGAAAAGCAGGCUCGAAGCGACGAAAUCGCAAGAUAUGUCAACGUCAUCGCAGGAGGGUUCGCCUCGGGGGGCUUAACCAGCCGCUCUCGCAAGAAGCACCUCUACACCUUGAAACAUGGAAGCGAUACAAACUCCUCUGCCAUAUGCCCAACCAUGACCUUCAAGAACAGUCACCGGCCUAUACAGACCCCACACGACGACCCUCUGGUUGUCCAAAUGAAGAUUGCCAAUCUUCGGGUGGGUCGAGUUUUGAUUGACAGUGGAAGUUAUGCGGAUAUAAUCACUAUGGACUGUUUGCUGAAGUAUGAAGAGAAAGAUCUCACUCCCAUCGACCAGCCACUAGUAGGGUUUGGGGGACAGUCAGUCCACCCACUAGGCUCGGUCAAGUUGCCAACACGAAUGGGGGAGAAGAAGGCAGGUCGAAAUAUCAUCAUCAACUAUCUUGUAGUCGGCACCAGCCUUCCCUAUAACGUGAUCAUUGGGCGACCCACUCUCAACAAAGUAAAAGCUGCCAUCUCAACAUACCAACUGCUUCUGCAGUUCGAAGGGGACGAUGGGAAGGUCACUCGGCUGUUCGGCGACCAGAAAUCUGCUCGAGAGUGUUACGUCAAUAGCCUAAAGAGCAAGAUCGAGAAAACCACUCGAAAGAGGAAGUGCCCCGAACCGGAAGAGCCCCUCCCUGUCAUGGGACUCUAUAUGGCUGACAACCCGAAACGGUAUAGGUGA